AGCCGGAUCGCACAGCGGCGGCGGCGGCAGCGGCAGCAGCCAGAGCGGCCACUUGCCCCGGAGAGCAGCGCUGCCUGGUUUGCCGCGGCUCCCAUUCAUUGCGCGAGGGAAUUCCAGCGCUCGCUGGCUCCACUAGCUGCGAGGCUCAACUCAUAUGGCCAGAGCGCCCGGCCGGGAUUGGUUGACUUCCAGACCACGCUGGGCACAAGGCUUGCUUUCCGCCUUUGAUUAAACUAACCCUCGUUCUCCAGGACUCAUUAACGAUCUAGGGGGGAUCCCACACUUUCUCCCUUUUCCUGUUCGAGGGAGGGGGGAGUUGCUCCCAUAUUUAAAGGGCCCGCUGCAAGUGAGCUACAACAACAAACGUCCACGGAACAGCCGCCCCCUUCCUCCUUCUCAGCGAGGGAAGAUCCUCUGCGGGCAGCAGCGCUCCGUCGCCUGGAGUUUCCUUCUCUCCGUCCCCCAUCCCGCUCCGCUCCGCGACGCUCUUCGGAAGGACGAUUUCCCCCAACAAUGCAGAAUUACAAAUACGACAAAGCGAUUGCUCCAGAGAGCAAGAAUGGGGGCAGCCCUGCCUUGAACAACAACCCCACCAAAAGCAACAGCAAGAAAGUUUUGCUUAUUUGCCUCGAUCUCUUCUGCCUCUUCAUGGCUGGCCUACCAUUCCUGAUAAUUGAAACAAGCACAAUUGCACCAUAUGAACGAGGAUUUUACUGCAAUGAUGAGAGUAUCAGCUACCCCUUAAAAAGUGGAGAGACCAUCAACGAUGCUGUCUUGUGUGCUGCAGGCAUUCUUAUAGCCAUACUUGCUAUCAUAAUAGGAGAGUUUUAUCGGAUCCACUGCUUGAAGGAGAAGUCUCGAUCAUUCAUCCAGAACCCAUAUGUGGCAGCUUUAUAUAAACAAGUUGGUUGCUUUGCUUUUGGUUGUGCCAUCAGCCAGUCUUUCACAGAUAUUGCAAAAGUUUCUGUUGGACGCUUAAGACCCAAUUUCCUGGCAGUUUGCAAUCCAAAUAUUUCAUUAACUGACUGUUCGAAAGGUUAUAUCGAAGUUUAUCGGUGCCUUAAUGAAGAUGAAAGCAAAGUCCAGGAAGCCAGGAAAUCUUUCUUCUCUGGCCAUGCCUCCUUCUCCCUCUACACCAUGCUUUAUUUGGUGCUAUAUCUGCAAGCCAGGUUCACCUGGAGAGGAGCCCGCCUGUUACGUCCUCUGCUGCAGUUUACACUGCUAAUGAUGGCAUUUUACACAGGACUGUCUCGUGUGUCUGACCACAAACAUCACCCAUCAGAUGUAUUGGCAGGCUUUGCACAAGGGGCCCUGGUGGCUUACUGCAUAGUAUUUUAUGUCUCAGAUCUCUUCAAACAGAAAACAAAGGCAUCUCUGCCUCCUCCUCCAAUUCGUAAGGAGAUCCUUUCACCUGUGGACAUCAUUGACCGGAACAAUCAUCACAACAUGGUGUAAACAAUUGACAGAUUUUUAAAAAAAUUGUUUUGUUUUUGCAAAAUGACUGCUGACAGCAACUACCUGCUGCUCUCAAUCUCAUCAGACAGUAGAAUGUAGGGAGAGACUCUUACCUGAUACAUAAGGUCUUACUUGGUGGCCUUUAUAUUCUUACAACAUUUGCAUAAAAUGAGUGUUGUUUAACUAAGUCUAAGGCAAAAUUACAAAACAAUUCAAUACAUGAUGCAGGAAUUCUAAAUGUGCAAUUGGCUGAGUGUUCAUGUUGUAGUGAAUGCUGAAUUGUUCAUAGCUUAAUGAACACUAAAUGAUUCCUAGGAUACUGGCCAUCUCUGCUUUUUUUCACUAUGAUGAUUUCCAAUUCCUGUUGAGAGAGGGGGAGGGAAGAAGAAAAUAAAAAACCCUUACCAUCCUAGACAAUAGCACUGUCUACAAGAAAUAAGCACUGAUUCAGGAUUUGUGAUCACUUUUUCUAAGACUAAUUUUUUUUAUUUUAUAUGUUGGCUUUAUUUGACUCCAUUCCAUACUGUGACUUACUUUUGGUUUAGAAGAAGCUUGCCCAGUAAAAUGUUGCAAGGGUUUCUAGUCCCACUACACAAACCCUUAAAAAUACCUAAUUAAGAAUAACGGAAUUCAUACUCCAUUUGGUACACAAUACAGUUAUUUGUUUUCAGCUAUCAUCUUUCCCAUUUCCCUCCAGUAUCUGCAUGACGUUCUCCAUAUUCACAUUUUUUUAUCUUCUGUUAAAGAUAAGAUAGCAGAUUAGACUUGUCAAAUAAGGAACGCUUGAACAUAAUUGGACCUAUAUCUUUACAUAAGUAUCAUUACCAGUACUGUAUGAAAUGUCCUGUCUGCGUAGAGCUUGCUUUACGGCCUGGUAAAGUUUCCUUCUUGCUCCCACUGACCUAUACCAAUUCCUAAAGUAAUUUCUAAACAGUUGAGGGUCACUUCAUUUUAAAUUCACAGAAUGUUCUUUUAUUAGUUGGUCAAUCUCGUUGAAAUGUGUUAGCGCUAUGGGUUUGGGGCUUGAGACCCAGAGUACAUGGAUCCUGCAGAUCUGGGACGGACUGCUGGGCGGAACCGUCCUUUAUUGACGUUCAGUGAAAUCCCUCUCCUUAUUUUCGAUGCCCUGAAGAAAAAGGAUUCAUUAGACUCUAGGCCAGAUGCUGUUCUCAUUAUCACCAAGGGUGCCUGAAGAAGGCCAACAGGAGCAGAACUUUGCCCAGUAACUCUCAUUCUAGGAUUUCAGACUGAAUUCCAAAAGACAGUUGUUUUAAAAAAUGUUUAAGAACUGAACAGUGAAUGCUAAUCAAGCAGACUGGCCUUUGCACACCCUUGUCAUACAGAAUCCGUCCUAUCAUUUCAAUUCUAGCAAGCUAUGAUUUUUAUAAAUAUAUAUAAAUAUUAUAUAAAUAAUGUAUAAAACAUUAAAAAUUAACUAUGUAAAAUAUUAUUUCUGAAUAAUUUUAGAUAUAUCCACUAUGACUAUAAACUGUGUUUUGACCUGUGUUAUUUACAUUUUGCUGCUUAAAAAAAGCAUUGACUUAAUUUUUUAUAGUCAACUAAAAUAUUGUAGUUCUGUGGUAGCAAUAUUUUAAUGAAAAUAACAACUAAAGACAAUUGUAUAAAAUCAUAUUAAAUUGUCUGUAUUUUUGUAAUUUUUCUUUUUUUGUAAAAAGAGGAAUAUGCAAGAUUUUUGUAGAGUACAAAAUAAAAAUUUGUGUUUGCAAAAACAAAAGUUUGUAUUUGCUGUAUGAAUGUGCUUUAUAAAUAAAUUUCUGGGCACAAUUAUUUCAUA